CAGAUAUGUUGGGCAAUGUAGAAGUGCGGCAGUGGGUGGAAGGAAUCCCUAUUGCCAUUACUGUGUUGGUGCGAUCUCCAAUCACUUGGUCGGAAGACAACAACAUAGCUGUUGUGACUCAACUUGGGACAUAUAUUUUUGAUUGUUGAAGAGGAAAACAGCAUCGGUUUCAUCCACAAAACUUUCUCUUAAUUUUUUUUUUUUGAAUGUUGGGGAAUUAAAGAAAGUUAUAGUUGUGUGUGAAAGACUUGUUUUAAUUUGAUAUUGUUAUUCUGGUUAUAACAUAAUCUUUCAAAAUGAAAACUUCACCCCAAGCAUUGUUUUGUGUGUUGAUUUUAUUGUGUCAGACUCAGGUAUAUGGAGUCAACAUAACAGACUUAGUGUUUGGUAAAACAGCUAAUUAUAUGCCAGCUGCUUUUGGAGACUUUAACUCAGACAAGCACACAGACAUGAUUGUCCUAACAGAAGAUUUGAAGACAGUUAAAGUUCUGAUAUCCAAUCUUGAAGCUCCUCUACUACGUGAGUCAGACCAAGGACUUUCAUGCACAUUUGAGAAACUCUGGAUAAAGAGCAUAGUCCCGGGUGACUUUGAUGGGAAUGGAGCCAUGGACCUACUCCUGGUUCCAUUCAACAAAGACAGUCGCCUGUACGAGGUGUACGUCCUAUGGGGGAAUCAAAAGAACAUGACCCUCAGCUGUACUUUGGAGGAUAAACCACUGAUGAGACUGAAGAGCCAGCCACUGGUAAUGGACGUGAAUGGUGAUAUGAUUCCUGACCUAUUCGGUGAAGAUGAGAAUGGCACCCGGACGUUCUGGAUCUUUGGGCCUAAGGGUCCCCCCAGACCAGAGCCAAUGGUUGCUCCAGAUCUUAAACCACUACCGCCUCUAAACCUUCCAAGUUCUCAUGCCUUUAUUGAUUUAGACAGUGAUCUAGCAGCUGAUCUCUGGAUCACUGCAGAGGGACAGUUUGAAAUCUGGUCAUCCAUUGAUGGGAAGUACAGUUUGAAUAAGACAAUUACUAUCCCAGAGGGCUUGCAACAUGUUGGCCAGACAGCCUUUGCUGAUGUGAACUUGGAUGGAAAUAUUGAAGCCAUAAUCCCAGUUUGCCAUGAUGCAAAUUGCAAGAAAAGCUACUUGGCUGUGUAUGAUUUCAGGAAAUCAUUAUGGAAUUUCCUUGAUGUUGACUUUGUUGAGGAUGAUGGCACAAUGUGGGCAUUUCCCUUUGCCUCUACAGGCUAUAGGUUUUUAGACACGGUAACUCUGCGUGUCGGCGAUUUCAAUUUGGAUGGCUACCCAGACUUCUUAGUUACCCUGGUCGAUGCAUCCCUAAAACCCCGAGUGAUCUUGAUGGAAAAUACCGAAUGCGAUGAUUCAUCGUGCCAGUAUCAACGGAAAUUUGUAAAUCAGUGGAACCUCUUCAAAGCUUUUGGGGAAACAGUGUUAGGGACCUUCUGUGAUUUCCAGGAGGAUGGUACCCUUGAUGUUCUUUUGGUACAGAAGACAGAUGAUGGGAAAUAUCAUAUGAAUGUCUACAAGGAUUCUGUGGAGUAUGACGCUGUGUUUGUGAAGGUGCUGAUUGGUGGAUGUUAUGGUGAAAUAUGUAAAUUGCAGACUGUUCCAUAUGGGACAAACCAGCCAGGCCCUUCCAUCAGGUACUCCAUUACAACUGCCAAAGGAGGAACUCAGUGUUCUAGGGCAACACAGCUCUCGCAGACAGCCCACAGUGUGCUCCAGUUGCCCUAUACCAUCUUCGGACUUGGACGGAAUUGGAACUUUGUGGAAGUCCUGGAUGUUGGCAUCCCCAAAGGAAACUACUCUGACACGCUCACCAGUAGCUUUACGCAGAUUAUCCCCAACUCGCAACUGAUUGUGAUCCCAUACCCCAUGGAACACCCUGACCAGUGGGUGAGCAAAUUGUUCAUCACCCCGAGUAAGGCUAUGCUCAUGACAGCUGGGGCGCUCAUUGGCACCUGCCUCUUUGUUGCUGCAAUCAUUGGCAUUCUCCACCGCAGGGAGAAGCAGCAGGACAAGCGGGAAAAGCAGCAGGAAGCACACAAGUUCCAUUUUGAUGCUAUGUAGUUCUGAACUAGAUGGUUUGGGUUCUAGCUACCAGAUAUUUGAAAGUGAGGAGGAGGGUGUAACUGUAAGAUUUUUUUUUUUCCCCCUGGAUUUUGAGAGAGGUAGGACUUUAUUAUUUAUAAAAACUAUAAAGUUUGAUGACUCUGGAGUGUAAGCAUGGUGAGUGAUUGGAUGCUUGGAUUCUUUUUCUAGUCAAAUAUUCUGCAGUGUGUCUGAGAGUCAAAUCGUCUACAAAGAGGGAAUUAGAGGAAAAUUUAAGAUGAUAAGCAAUAUCCUAAUAUUCAUUGGUACUAGGAACUCUAAAAUAAAUGAAAGCAUGGAAGGAUUAACCCAUAUCUCAUCUCAUACAGGCCAAAACAACUGAGAACAUUUUGAAAAAUCCUGUGAAAAAAAAUCUGUGCAGUGGAAAUAAUUUUUACCACAUAGACAUAUGAUUGAAAAAUUAUUAUAUAUGUUUCUUGUAAAAGGAACAUUAGCAGGGUAAAUAUAAUGUAUGAAAGAGCUUUAAAUUCAUAUUCUUGGUUUUCUCAAAAAAUGCCAAAGGUUCUGGAAUGGAGUAUCUUCUCAUCUCAGUUUAUAUAAGAUUGUUGUAUAUUUUGCAAUUUUUUUUUGGUGUACAUGUACGUGUGCUUCUGAAGUGCCUGUUUGCCUGUCAUUUAGUCAGUUCCAAUACAGAAAUUACGUGAUAUAGGAUAGACUUCUGAAGCUUUUGAAUUAGAUCUCUGUUCUUUGCAUGAAACAUUAACUACACACAAUGAUCUGUACAUAGAAAAAAAAUUUAAACUUUUCUACCAGUCCCAUUAGGUUUAGAACAUUUUUUGAAAGCCCACAGUAAUGCAGUACUGGCUUUACUACUUGUUUCUGGAAUAUAAUUGUUGGUUGAAGAUUCACAUAUAAGUAAUUAGAAAUCUGAAAUGGACAAAAUAGCUCUUCCAAAUCUUCUUUAUAUUUAUUUGAUUUUUAUAGCCUCAGUACCCAAUAGUUUUUUUUUGUUAUUGUUUCGAUUUUACUCUAUAUUUGAUACAGCAUUGAUAUCCCAAGUCUUACGUUUUAUUUUCGAAGCUGAACUUUUUCUUGAUGCAUAUAAUUUGAACAGGUGAAGGACCAUAGAGAAAAAGCAUUCAGUGGAUUGCCAUUCAUUUUAUUGAAGUGUGCUGACAUGUUUGUAAAUCCCUGUGGCAUAUGAUUUUUGGAGCUUCACUUGUAACAUGACAGGAAGUGUUACUUUUGUUGUUGUUUGAUAUGCUGUUGGGAAGGAUUUCAUUCCAUUUGCUUUAGAUAUUCAGUUGUGUUGUUUCCUAUGCAAUGGUAAAUAUUAAUGUUAAUUAUAAUUUUACACUCCUUUAGUUUUUUUUCCUAUUUAUGAUGUGCUGGAUAUAUAUUAUAUGCUGAAGGAAAUGUGAAAAAAAUUGAGAAUAAAUAUAUAUAUCUAUAUGUA